GGGACAGGGAACUAUCUGGCUAGCAUCCUCUGAGAAGGUACAACAAGCAGAGGGCCCUGUCAGGAUCUGAGCAGGUAACAGUUUAUGAUGGAGCCCUCGCCUCUCGAGCUGCCUGCUGAUGCUGUCCGGCGCAUCGCAGCUGAACUCAAAUGUCACCCAACGGAUGAGAGGGUUGCUCUCCGCUUGGAUGAGGAAGACAAACUGAGGCAUUUUAGGGACUGUUUUCACAUCCCCAAAAUGCGGGAUCUGCCUUCAAUUGAUUUAUCUUUAGUGAACAAUGAUGACAAUGCCAUCUAUUUCUUGGGAAAUUCCCUUGGCCUUCAACCAAAAAUGGUUAAAACAUACCUGGAGGAAGAGCUUGAUAAGUGGGCCAAAAUGGGAGGCUAUGGUCACGAUGUAGGGAAACGCCCUUGGAUUAUAGGGGAUGAGAGCAUCGUAGGCCUUAUGAAGGACAUUGUAGGAGCCCACGAGAAAGAAAUAGUUCUAAUGAAUGCUUUGACUGUAAAUUUACAUCUUCUACUGUUAUCAUUCUUUAAGCCUACACCAAAGCGGCACAAAAUUCUUCUAGAAGCCAAGGCCUUCCCUUCUGAUCAUUAUGCCAUUGAGUCACAGAUUCAAUUUCAUGGGCUUGAUGUUGAGAAAAGUAUGCGGAUGAUAGAACCAAGAGAGGGGGAAGAGACCUUAAGGAUGGAGGACAUACUUGAAGUAAUUGAGGAGGAAGGAGACUCCAUCGCCGUGAUCCUGUUCAGUGGAGUGCAUUUUUACACUGGACAGCUCUUUGACAUGCCUGCCAUUACAAAAGCUGGCCAAGCUAAGGGCUGCUUUGUUGGCUUUGAUCUAGCACAUGCAGUUGGAAAUGUUGAACUCCACCUACAUGACUGGGGUGUCGACUUUGCCUGCUGGUGUUCCUACAAGUAUUUAAAUUCGGGAGCUGGGGGUCUGGCUGGUGCCUUCGUCCAUGAGAAACAUGCUCAUACGAUCAAGCCUGCGUUAGUGGGAUGGUUUGGCCAUGAACUCAGUACAAGAUUUAAGAUGGAUAACAAACUGCAAUUAAUCCCAGGAGCCAAUGGAUUCCGAAUUUCCAACCCUCCCAUUCUGUUGGUCUGUUCCUUGCAUGCUAGUUUAGAGUCCUUUCCUCCAACUCAUUUUACGCUCUUCCCCAACUGACAGCCUCUUCUUUGAUCAUGACAGUUGAACACCGUACUCAAUCUUUGGACUGGCUAAAGUAGUUUUGAAAUUUUUUCCUCCCCAUUUUAAAUUGCAAAGAUUUAAAAUAAUAUAACAGCACACACUACCCACCCCCACUCUCUGUUGUCCUCGUUUCCAUGUAUUUCUGAGCCCUGUCAAUAAGCACUCGCAUGUUCAACUCCUUGGUUUUAUUUGUUCAUACGCUUUGUUUGUUUAUUCCUGGGGCAAAGCCAUGCUGUGGAGAUGUGGAAGGACAAUGUCACAGGGAAGGAAAUCCGAAGGGGCGUGUUAGGAAGUGGGUGCAGAGUGAAAAAAGCUGAGUAGUGAGGUGAGAAAGGUGGCGGGGAAGGCAAGCUGGAAGAAAGAAAAGAUAAAGGACCAAAGAAAUAAGAAGAGAGUGGGGAAGGGAACUAAAACAUGGCCGAUAUUUAAAUGAAAGAAAUAAAUGACUUGACCUUCUGCCUUGUCCGUUUUCCUCUAAAAACUACUCAAUAUACUCGAAAAACAACUGGAGGAUUCCUUCAACAGGACAGGGCCGGAGAGAUGGGUCAGUGCGUAAAGUGUUAGCUGCACAAGCCAGCUAACCCAUGUAAACAAGGGUGGAGAGAGCAGGGUCUUCUGCCCUCCACAUGUGCUCCACGGCACGUCUGCCCCCAGCCAACACAUUGAAAAGUGUAUCCAUAUGUCUGUUUACAACCACAUUUGCCCAACUGCUGCCUUUAAAGUAGUUCCUGUCGUCAGUUUUGAACGGUCACCUCAUUCACACUGCUGGACUGAAGUCAUUCCUACAGCCAUCUCAAUUACACGGUGGCUGAGGAGGAGGAUAAUGCUGGGAAGGGGCCAGCACUCCACUCCCCAGGAGACAUUAAGGAUGCCCUCAAAGGAACAAAAGUGCUCGUGACUACAUUUGCUCCUUUGUGUUUUGAAGCUGUCUGGGGCAGUGAAUUCCAGAAGUUUUCUUGGUGUUUUGAUUGCUAAGGUGGAAUUUUUAUGUAUUUUCUAUUUAAUGUGUUCUCAUAUUUUUAUAUAGCAAAAAGGAUGCGAUUUCCACACCUGCUCAGUGUGUAAAUUUGUAAUGGUAUAAACUCUUCGAAAAUACAUGUUAAGUGUUCGGGUUGAUUGCAUGGUGAUGAAGAUCAAGACAGCAUCAAGGACAAAUACAAGGUGUUUCUUCACAAAGUAUACACACCUAAGUUUAAAAAUUUAAGAGAACCCAGAUAGGCAUGGUGGCUCACACACUAUAUCCCAGCAUUCCAGAGGCAGGGGCAGAGACAGGUGGAUAUAUAUGAGUUCCAGAACAGCCAGGGAUACAUAGUAAGACUCUGAGGAGAGAGAAAAAGAAGAAGAAAAGAAAGAGAAAAGAAGAAAUAAAAAGGAAAGAAAAAUGAGUUGAAGAGAAAAAUUUAAAACUACAUUCUAUAUGCUUUUCCUGCUUAAGAGUGUACAGCCUUCCCAUCCUGAGGGUCUAACCUUUCUACCUUGGGGGUCUAACCCCGAAAGCUUGAGGAGCUAACCUUCCUAGUCUUGUGAUUAUUUCAUACAAUAACAACAAAAUAAAGCAAGUAAAGAAACCUGCCAAGAAAAGCUAUAGAAUUUUGUAAUUGUGGUUUUCAACUUUCUAUAAUAAAAAAUAAAAAAAUACAUAUUUUUGAUAAAAAAAAAAAGCAACAGGGAAAAUAGGCACUUGAUAGAGUUCCCUUCUGACUCUUACUCUUUCUUAACUCUCCUUCUUCAUCCCCUCCUCCUCCUCCUUCUUUUCCAUGCUGAUGAUCAAGCCCCUUGGACUUAGGCAAGCAUUCCAGCACUGAGCCCAUCUAGCUCUCUUAAUAACUUCAUGUGGGACUUCAGAACAAACCUCUCUGCUCUGUGAGGACACUUUAGAGAGGGUCAGGCCAUGUAGCUUGAAUGUGGUCCCCAGUAUUUGAGUGUGUGGUCCCCAGCGGGUGAACCAGUCUUAGAAAGAAAGUGGACUUCUGCUGGAGGAAGCUGGUCCUAAGGGCAGACCUUGCAACUUCCUGUUGCAUGCACAUUUCCUGUCUGCCCUGUUCCUGAAUGUGGGCACAGUGUGACUAGAUGUAGAACCCUUCUUAAACUGUGAGCAGGUGUAAACCCUUCCUUCCUCACAGUUGCUUCCUGUCAGGUAUCUCAUCAUAAUUCUACAGAAACUGUGUCUAAACGGACUAUAGUAGCCACAGUCGUUGUGGCUGUGAAGUGGAAAAUAAUCUUACAUUUAUUUGUUUUUCUCUGAAAGUGAAACCAUUUUGUAAUAUAAAAAACAAAAGUGGUUGACAGUGAAGACAAUGACAUAUGACAUUUUAGUUAUAAAGGAAAUUGGGAAAAGCAAUUGUCUCAUCCUUUUAAGAACACUAGAAAAGUUAACUAAAAGUCUCCAGUAGCAUCAUCACCUGCAGACACAAAUGAAUGAUUAAAAGUGGACACCUUGCCCUCCACGCGCCUGGGGUUUUCCUUUAUGGACUCUACGCCCAGGGGAAAACAUUCUCCUCAUAUAGACCUAUUUUUCCCAGAUGACACAGUGUUUACAAGUAGCUACACAGCAAUUUUGUUGUGCUGGGUACCAAUAAGUAGGAUCCUUACAUAUUACAAUGUGUAAGAGGAUGUGUCAACAUCACAGGAAAGUCCAAUGCUGUUAUCUUUAAUGAGCUUAGGUACUUGCAGAUGGAAAGGGGCAACUGUGUAUUUCACACAUUAGCCUGUGGGGCAUAUUUGGGGGCCAUUUUCUGAACCAGAAAUUUGUAUAGAAUAAUUCAUUUAAAAAAUAUUUGUAGAAAAUGAUAAUCUCCAGAGAGAAACUUGUGCUAAUGAAUCUCACAGUCUUUGUUUCAAACCUUGCAAGCCAUGCCUUGCCAGUCUGCUCCUGCGCUUUGGGGAAUGUGAUAAUGGAACGCCUGACUGGCUUCCCAUGCACUCCACUGCACCAGCAUCUUGUUUUGCACAGGAAAUGAAACUCCCAGUAGCUUGAACCCAACAUCCUGAAGCUGGUGGUGUUGGCACUCAGACCUCAACAAAGACACCUGCACCUGCCUUUGCUUGCAGCUGUCUCCCUGCAGCUGCCUCUGCCUGCAGCUGCCUCUGUCUGAAACAGAUGCAUUCACUUGUCUCAAACAGUACUUACCUUCAGGAAUUUCACAGCUAUAUGCAUUGAAGUUCUAGAACAGACACUAGCCUGUGUCUUCAGCUGGACCUUAACUGGCUCAGACAGUCCUAACUUUCAGCAAAUCCAUAGCUUACAUACUGUACAUACAGAGAAAUCUUUGCUUAUUCUUUCAAAUCUUAUUAAAAUGCCUUCUCACACAUGCUGUUUCAUGUCUUGAUAAAAGCCAGAUACCACUAAAUGACAUCACCCAUAUUUGUCUUGAUAUUUUGGCUUAUGUUUUAGCAAAGGACAUUAAAUGGCAUGCCAUAUACAUCAUGCUGUUAACACUUCUGGCAGUUCUUAUAUGGAGGAUACAUUUUUAAACAAGACAGAACAUCACGUCUGUUCUGGCCGUUAAUGUUACAGAAUACUGUAGACCCUUGUCACUCAUUGUGAUCUGUCCCUCAGGCAGUAAACGGAUAUAUUUUGCUAGAGUUUUUCAAGGAAAGGAGAGGUGGAAUGUAGUGGUGACUAAAUUCCUCAGCAACAAUAAAGGUUUAUGCAACAUUAUUAACUUCCUGGGGGGGGGGGGAACAGCUCUAUAAUUUAACUUAAGAAAACACAAGCCAGGUGGCCCAUACCUUUAAUAGCAUCACUUGGGAGGCAGAGGCAGGUGGAUCUCUGAGUUUCAGAUCAGCCUGGUCUGCAUAGUGAGUUUCAGGACAGCCAGGUACAGAGAAACAUUAUUAAGAAAGAAAGGAGAAAAAAAAGAAAGAAAGAAAGAGAGAGAAAGAAAAAGGAAGAAAGAAAGAAAGGAAGGAAGGAAGGAAGGAAGGAAGGAAGGAAGGAAGGAAGGAAGGAAGGAAGGAAGAGAACAACUGCGUUGAGAAAAUGCAGUGUUCAGCAAGACAUUGUGGACAAUAUCAGCAACCAUAUUCACACAUGCAUUUUUCUUGCUUUGAACCUUUGGUGGACCAUACUACAGAAGACAGUUAAAUAUUCCUAAACAAGAUGAUUUUCUUCUCAUGCAAAUAUUGUUUAAAUGACAUUCACAUCUAUUUUUCUACCAUGAAAACUACCUUCUCUCUUUAAUGGGAAAGCAUUGAAAAAAACUUACAUUUCACUAGAAAAAAAAAAGAUUUUCUAAAGAUUGAUGUUUCUUAAAACAUCCAAAGUAGGAAUUUCCAUUUUUCUGUAUCAUUUACAUUUUAGUUUGUUUCUCUGUAAGUUAGUAGCCACUGCUAAUCUGAUUGUUGU